AUGGCAAGCUCAAUCGCGCACACGGUGAAAGUGGCCGAUCAUAUUGAGAAGACACGAGCGAAGGCUUUACUCGGUGGUGGACAGAAGAGGAUUGAUACGCAACAUAAGCGAGGAAAGCUGACUGCUCGUGAACGGAUCGAAUUGCUCUUGGACAAGGACACCUUCCGCGAGUACGACAUGUUUGCCGAACAUACGUGUACCGACUUCAACAUGCAGAAGCAGAAAGUCAGUACCCUUGUAAAGAUGGCUCUUGCGUGUCAAAAGCAGACCAGAAUGUUUCAGUUCCCCUGCGAUUCUGUGGUUACUGGACGCGGUCACAUCAAUGGUCGCAACGUGUACGUCUUCUCGCAGGACUUUACCGUUUUCGGCGGCUCGUUGUCGUCGAUCCAUGCUAAGAAGAUCUGUAAAAUCAUGAGGGAGGCGAUGCUUGUCGGAGCUCCCGUCAUCGGUCUCAAUGAUUCUGGUGGUGCACGUAUUCAAGAAGGUGUUGAAUCACUUGCUGGAUAUGCCGAUAUUUUCCAGUCUAAUGUAAUGGCGUCCGGUGUCAUACCUCAGAUCUCACUGAUCAUGGGACCGUGUGCCGGUGGUGCCGUCUACUCACCGGCAAUCACCGACUUUACGUUCAUGGUUCGCGACACGAGUUAUCUUUUCAUCACCGGUCCCGACGUCGUCAAGGCUGUUACUAAUGAGGAAGUGACUCAAGAGCAGCUCGGUGGAGCAAUGACCCACACCGUAACAUCUGGUAAAAAGUUCUAUUUGAAGCUGAUCUCAAGUUAUACUAUUGGAGCUGUUAAAGGUGUGGCUGUUGGCGCUUACGACAAUGAUGUGGAUGCAUUGAUGAGCAUGCGUGAGCUCAUGAACUAUCUCCCACUAUCCAAUAAGGACCUAGCGCCCAUUCGAUCUUGCGAAGAUCCAUGGGAUCGUGAUUGUGUAUCACUUGAUACCGUUGUACCACUCGAGAGUACUGCUGCAUAUAACAUGAAGGACGUUAUAUACGCUUUGAUAGAUGAAGGCGACUUUUUCGAGAUUGCGCCCGAGUAUGCAAAGAACAUCGUCGUCGGCUUUGGUCGCAUGAACGGACGCACAGUUGGAAUUGUAGGCAACAAUCCGAAAUUCAUUGCUGGAUGUCUUGAUAUCAACGCGUCAGUUAAAUCUGCUCGUUUUGUUCGCUUCUGUGACGCUUUCAACAUCCCACUUGUCACUCUGGUCGACGUCCCUGGAUUCUUGCCAGGAACGGCGCAGGAGUAUGGUGGUAUCAUUCGUCAUGGAGCCAAACUUUUAUAUGCUUACGCUGAAGCGACUGUACCGAAGAUUACUGUUAUUACUAGAAAAGCAUAUGGUGGAGCCUACGAUGUUAUGUCAUCGAAGCACCUCCGUGGAGAUAUCAACUACGCGUGGCCCACCGCUGAAGUAGCUGUAAUGGGAGCCAAGGGUGCUGUAUCAAUUCUGUACAGAGGAGACAAGGACGUAGCAAAGAGAGAGGAAGAAUACAUUGAUCUCUUUAGUAAUCCCUUCCCAGCUGCUGUUCGAGGUUUCGUUGAUGACAUCAUUCAACCGUGUACCACGCGUCGUCGAAUUUGCGAAGAUCUCGCUCUUCUCGAGAGCAAGAAACUAACGAAUCCAUGGAGAAAGCAUGGCAACAUCCCCCUCUAG